GUGAAGGUGUUGGGAAGGGAAGUGUAGUGUUUCUCUAAGUGAAUAGUAAUUUUGCUCCGUGCGUGUGAGGAGGAAGAAAGGAGCUCUGUGGUCGUGAAGUGCACCAGGGGGAGAAGACGGCUGCGGGCUACUGGUUGUUUUUAUUAUUAUUGUUCCUACACGGCCCGUUUCCGCCUCCUUAUCCUGGAGAGAGGUUGGACGGUUAAAAUGGAGGCGGACAGAUCCGGCGGAGGACCAAACCCGAACUCCGGCGGCGGCAGCGGCGGCAGCGGCGGAGCGGGGCGCAACCCAAACGGGCCCAAAUCAGCACCGGGCCAGGCGACAUCAUCCGCGGGGACCGGGGCGAUGGCAGCGGCGGCGGCGGCGGCCAUGGCCGGGUCGUCGCAGGCUCGGGAGCUGCAGGACGGGGACUCGGGUAUGACGCUUCCUGGGAUCCUGCACUUCAUCCAGUACGAGUGGGGACGCUUCCAGGCCGAGAAAUACCGCUGGGAGGCGGAGAGAGACGAACUCAGGGCUCAGGUGGCGUUCCUACAGGGUGAGAGGAAAGGACAGGAGAACAUGAAGCAGGACCUGGUGAGGCGGAUCAAAAUGUUAGAGUACGCCCUAAAACAAGAGAGGGCAAAGCACCAGAAGCUGAAAACAGGAAAUGACCAGAGUCCAGGAGACAAGAAACCAGAGACAGAAGCAGACCAGGUUCCCAAUGGGCCGGCUGAGUCAGACGCUGAGCCAGGCAAUCAGAUGUCCUGGAAGGAGGGACGUCAGCUACUACGCAAAUACCUGGAGGAGGUGGGUUAUUCAGACACUAUCCUGGACAUGCGGUCUAAGCGUGUGCGCUCCCUGCUCGGGCGAAGCAGCCCAGAGGCUAACGGACCCCCCGCCAUUGAAACCUCCACUGAGCCUGAGCCCCGGGCAAGUGGAGAGUCGUUGUUGGUCAGACAGAUCGAGGAACAAAUCAAGAGGAAUGCGGGCAAGGAAACCUCUCAGGAACAUCUGGGUGGCUCGGUGCUGGAUAAGAUCCCCUUCCUGCAUGGCUGCGAGGAUGAUGACGAAGACGACAGCGACGAGGAAGACGACUUCCAAGGCAUGGCCACUGACUGCAUCGAUGGACCGCGCAAAAACAAAAAGUCACGGGUAAAGAUGAGUACAGAGCCCAUGACCACAGACCUGGACCCGGAGGACGAGGAGGACGAAGACGACUCGGAAGACGCCCUCGGAGAGUUCGACUUCCUGGGCUCGGGGGAGGAGGGGGAGGGGGCGGGAGAGGCCCGGAUCUCGGGGGACGGACGGGAGUUAGAGAACCGCAGGAACAAGUUACAAGGCAUGAUGUCGGACUUCCCCCCUAAACCUGCCCCGCCCCCCUCUGUAUCGGGACAGGCUCGCCCUGGAGAAGGUGGCGCCCUGGGUUUUUCCUCUGACGUCUUCAUCAUGGACGCUGUUGGGGGAGGAGACAUGAACCUUGGUGAACUGGCGGAUCUCACUGUGGCCAAUGACAACGAUCUCUCCAUGGAUAUGCAGGACAACAGAGAGGAGUUCAAGAAGACGUGGAACCCUCGUUUCACACUACGCAGCCACUUUGACGCCAUCCGCGCUUUGACCUUUCACCCCAGCCAGGCGGUGCUGCUCACUGCCUCCGAGGACGGAACACUAAAACUGUGGAACCUCAACAAGGCCAUGCACUCUAAAAAGAACGCAGCUUUAGACGUUGAGCCCAUCUACACGUUCAGAGCGCACAGUGGAGCAGUUUUGUCACUGACCAUGGGUGAGGAUGGGGAAUCCUGCUACAGCGGAGGUCUAGAUGGAACCGUCAGGUGUUGGAAGAUGCCCGACCUCAAUGUGGAUCCCUAUGAUAACUAUGAUCCCGGCAUCGAGAGCAGUGUGCUAGCCGGUCAUGAAGACAGCGUAUGGGGUCUGACUCACUCAGCGGUUCACCAUCGUCUUGCCUCGUGCUCGGCCGAUGGCACCAUUCGCAUCUGGGACCCUCAGAACUCGGCUCCCUGCCUGUCUGUCUUCAACAAGGAAAGAGAGCACGGAACACCAACCUCAGUGGCCUUCGUGGUUACUGACCCCAACCAGGUGGUGGCGUCAUUCGACGGUGGGGAGACGAUGCUCUACGACCUCAACACGGAGCAGAGCAUCUCCUCUCUAGAGACACAGACCAAGGAUGGCAGCGAACUGAUCAACCGAGUGGUCAGUCACCCCUCCGAGCCCGUCUCCAUCACCGCACACGAGAACCGAACCAUCCGCUUCCUAGACAACAAGUCAGGUAAAGUUGUCCACUCAAUGGUGGCUCACCUGGAUGCGGUCACCUGUCUCACUACAGACCCUAAAGGCACUUACCUCAUCUCUGGCAGCCACGACUGCUCGGUGCGCCUGUGGAUGCUGGACAACAGGACGUGCGUGCAGGAGAUCACAGCCCACAGGAAGAAGCACGACGAGGCCAUUCACGACGUGGCCUUCCACUCUUCCCAGCCGUUCAUCGCCAGCGCCGGCGCGGAUGCACUUGCCAAGAUCUUUGUCUGACAGUACUGCUGUCAUUGGCAGAGGUAUUAACAAAAAAAACAAAGAGUCCUACAACUACAACGGGGCCAAAACAGACUGAAGACUACAGUGGACAAAAUUCACCUGCUUACAGACGCACGCACGCACACUUGUCCUGCAGCCCAGCGGCUGGGUCACUGACACAGGGCGCCACCUCCCCUCGAUUCCUCACUGUCCUCUGACGCCUCAGUGACUUCUUGUAAUACUAAUCACACUUCUUUUUUAUAACUUUAACUGCUCCGUUUUCCAAUAAUCCUGUCUGGAGUGACACUUUUCUACACUACAGUGUUAAGCUCUUCUUUCUUUUGUUUUGCAGUGUGCCAGUGGUUAUUGCAAAACACUGUGCGCGAUUGUCUGUGUGCUUGAACUGCUGAUACAUGUCAUAGAGAAUCACAGAGGAACACACCUGCUCUGCACAACACGACACAACGCACAACUGCAACGUUGCAUUUCAUUUCAUACUUCUUUUUUCUUCUGAAAUAUUGGUUUAUUCUAACACACAUACUGUUUGCAGGCUUGGUUUAAAAACAGUGACUGUUCCCAAUGUCGGCAGAAAACCUCCAACUAACCUCUGCACUGGGAAUCCAAUGUAUUACAUUCCAAAGACUCCAGGAGAAGUGUGUGUGUGUGUUUGUGUGUGUGGUGUUGUAUUUGGGGUUGGAGAAUGUUUAACUUAGUGGUGUGUGUGUGUGAUCCGAGGAGGCACUAGACAGUCACUAACCAGUGAGGAACAGAUAGCUUUAAUUUAAACCUUAUCUCCAAGACACCAAGUCCUAUUGUAUGUCUGAGUAUAAACGUGUCCCGAUGAUUCUGCCUCUGACUGUGUGUGUGUGUGUGUGUGUGAGAGAGUGAGGGACAGAAUGUAAACUCUAAUGUACAAACUAAAUGUACAUAUUUACACAAUCAUGGCCCAUUUCUACAGAUUCAACAUCAUGAGGGCAAAGUUCAAGUCUGUAAUCUGCAGGGGUUUGAUAGCGGUUUGUAUGCUCGCGACAAAAUACGCAGAUUGUGUCGUUCUGAGCUUUUUACUGUACAGAAGAGUGUGAGUGUGUGUGUGUGUGUGUGUGUUUGUGUGUUCGUGCGUGCACUAGUUAAAUCUCGGUGCUACGAAAGACCUCGUCAGUCUCGAGUCAGAAUCAGGGACCUGUUUUUGUGCGUGUGUGCAAAAAGAGAGACAGAGUUUCUCACUCAUCGGGCUCUAGACGUCCGUGGUUUUUCUCUUUCAUCACUUCACUGACUGCCGUCACAUUUCAGAACUAACGGUCACUGUAAAGGUUAGAGGGGCGGGACUAAUGUCGAACGAUGGGCUCAGGCCUGAGGAGUGUACAGAGCUGCUGAUUCUUAUAUCACAGCGAGGACCAUGUGAACUGAAACGGUUUCCUCAGGUGAGAGCUGUUCAUGUCGUCUUUUUUAUUUUAUUUCAUCACAACGUUUUGUGCCAGUUGGUCGGCAUGUAGACGUGUAUUUAUUCAGGCUUUUUCAGAAGGAAAGAAGCUCCGCCCCUGGUUCAGGUGUUGUGGUUCCCUCCUCUAGUUUGACGUGCAUCAGUUGCACAGUAGCACGUUGCCCAGAGAGCCGAAGGCGUAAAGUGGGUCUCUCUUUCUGAUGAGGCACGCUGGGAGAAGUGGCUCCUAAAAAAAAAAAAAGAAAGACAGGAGCGAAAAGAAAAGAUGGAAGUCCUAUUUCAAUUCAGCCACUCAAAGACAGGAAAAAAAAAGAAUUUAUCUAAGAUGUGUGGAGAACACUUGGUUCAAGUGGAGAAACUUUCUCCUUGUCCUGCAUUUAUUCUGACAACUGCAGGACACACGUUUGUUUGACUUGUGUAAACAUUUCCCCUUAAAGGCCUGAACUGACUUCACAUUACUUUGAAUGGUCGUGUUAAUCUGUUACCUCAAGAGGACUGAUACAAUCUGGUGUUAAAGCGGUCGUCAAAGCAGAAACCCUCCUCCUCCUCCUCCUCCUCCUCCCCCUCCUCCUCCUCCUCCUCCUCCUCCUCCUCCUCCUCAAGAUAACAGGGUCACGCUGGGGGUCUGAUGUCAGAUCCUAAGUGUUCAAUUCAAUGUAGCCUAGAGGGGAAACACUUGGGAUCACUGGGGACACUAGCAUGUAGAGUUGAGGUUGCUGUUUAGUCUCCGAACAGGGCAGUUGAUGUUUAUUUCAACUUUCUGUCAAAGAGAGCACGCAGGUGCAGCUCCGUUAUUGUUCAGCCGCUGUGCAUCGGAACGUCCUCCCAUCCCAUUAAUUUCCUGCUUGGCUCCAUGUUGCACUACAUCUAAUGGUGGAUGCUUGUGCUAUCGACACAGACAGGGUGCGGAGAUAAUGUUGUGGAGGUAUCUCAAAUUGAAUCUUGAGAUUAAGUGUGGAAGCUGCUGUGACGCCGUGUUUUGAUGCUGAGAGUUGCUGAUGAGCUACCGUGUCCCCUCUCGUAGAAUCAGGACAAAUCAGUUUGACACAUCAGAAUAAAAAAAAAGGAAAAAGAAAUCAAAGCGUUAGGUGGAGAGCGAUGACUAAAGACACCAUCAUGUGCUGUAAAUGUCCAUCAUUUCCUUGUUUUCCUUCUUGCAUUUCUUUUCUUUGGUUAUGAAUAUGAUUAUUAAGAUGUAAGAAUACUGUAGUAUCAUAAGUGAACCAUUCUUCCUUGCUAGGCAUAGAACUUGCUUGUGAUUGAUAAUGGCAAUGUAUAACUUGUAAAAAAGCAAAACAUUAAAAACUCAAAAAAAAAAAGAAAGAAAAUAAGUACAAAAAAAAAAAUCUGUUACCAGUCAGAGGCCAAGGUAAAGGACUCUCAUUUCUUUGUGUUUUUAUUUUUUUAAUAGCAAUUUAUCACUGUGUGAUAUUUUGUACAUCAUAUUAAGCUGUAUUCAAACUAUUUCCUCUAACUACAAGGGAUAAGAGACCUGCUUUUUAUUAAUUUUGUUUUACUAUAUAUUUUUGAACUGCAUUCUAGCUUGUAUCAAAUGAAUUUUCUCUUUUUGUUUACGGGUCCCUUGUUGUAUGUCAUUAAGGAAGAAAAACAAAACAAAAAAAAUGAAGAUUUUUGUACAGUGA